AUGGAUCGACCACGACGUAAUGUGCCCUCUGGCUUCUCUAGCGUACUACGAUUAAGUCGCACUCCUUUUCCAUCGAUAGCCAGCUACAUUGCAAUCAGUUUCUUCAUAUCGCUCAUAGCUCUAGGGAACAUCGUGAACGUAUUCAAAACACAACCCGAAGUUAGUUUCUUUUCAAGAUACAACCAUGGUUUUUUCUUUUCUCUCAGGUUUACAAACCAGAUAUGGCAUCAAAAAGACAUCACUUUUUUCCUUGGGCUACCCUAUGGCGGAGAACCAAAGUACAAUGAUAUAUGGAGAGUUUCGAUUAAUACCUAUUUUGCUUUUCUCGCUCUCAUAGCAAAGAUUAUAAUCAAGUUGACAUUUAAACAGCUUACCCGUCAAGAAGAAAUCAUUGUCCGUUUGUUUUUCGAUUUCAGUCUCGUCUUUUUAUCAGUGGUGGCUGGUGCUCAUCAUUCCCAUAGAGUGCUACCGUGGUUAGUAUGGUUCGGAAUCAUCGGAUUUUUGACUGUGCUUCACGAUAUCACCUAUCAACGCUUCAAAUUUGUAUGUAACAGACUCUCUUUGUUUUCAUCCAUUGCCAUUAGUCACCUUUUCGGUGGAGUGCGAUUAAUUCAGACCAUAACAUCUUCAUUGCGUUCGUUUCAUGGUCUUCUGCGAUGUUUAUCGUCAUCGGAACGGUUCGGUACCUCUCCAGAUUCCGUACGACAUUUCAAUUAUUGGCUUGAGUUAUCCGUUACCAUUGCUACGGAUGCCAUCCAGCUCGUUUAUUGUGUCAGUCCGCAAUUAAUCUCGUUAAUGAUUUCGAUUGUAAAUACAUUAGCUCGACAUCGAAAACACAAUCAAAUUUUCCUGCAUAUUCAAUCGACGUAUCCCAAUGAGGAGGCCGAAGAGAGAGAUUUGUGUAUAGUGUGCUGGGAAAAAUUGGGACGCUCCCGUCGCCUUCCGUGUGGCCAUCAAUUUCAUGAUUGGUGUUUGAUGUGGUGGUUGGCGCAAGACGGAUCGUGUCCAACCUGUCGCUUCGCAGUUUCAACUCCUGCACCUAAUAGCCAACAACCUCCACCAUCUCCGCAUUCGACUACUACAUUUCGUUUUGAAUUCUCAACAGGAACGCCCGCUCUUAAUCCGUUUCUGAGGCGAGAGGUUCAGCAGGAUGAAUCACAGUUGACUGGAAUGGCUAAUCAGGUUCACGAGAUGUUUCCUCAAGUGCCUCUUGAUGCUGUAAUGGAGGAUUUGCGCAUGAGCGGAUCAUCGCAGGCCACAAUUGAGAAUAUUUUGGAGGGUCGAGCUGGUUUCAUUGCCAGUAUUGUAAGUAGUGAUAGUAGCAGUGAUGACGUUGUCUCAUCGUCUGAUUCCACAAUCACGAAUUCUCCUCCUCAACACUCAGCUUCGGAUAUGUCUGUUGUAAAUCAACAAAUGGACAUGGACAUCUCUCCUUAUCAUGUGGCGAAGAGAGAGAUGAUAGCCAAACACAGAAGGUCAUUAAUUUGUGUUCAUUGUCUUUUUUUCGCAAUGUUUGAGUCGAAACAACUGGUCUUCCCGAGAUAUCAUUCUUCUAUUCUACGAGCUUGA